CUUUUAGCCUUGCUUCCUAAAUCAAGUUGACAAUCCAAUUUAUUUUUCCUUCUUUUAUUUCAACAACUCCUGAUUUAUGUUGGUUAGAAGGCGAUAAUAUAAUCCGGGCACAAACUCUCCCCCUUGGAAUCUGUAUUUACGAGGCUUCCUCCUUUCCUGACUGAACGUGCUGAAGCCGGGCAGAGGCAGAGUACCGAGUGAAGGACUUCAGCCCCACCGUUCUCUGUGUGCGCAUGCCCACUCUUCUUACAGUUGUCAAAGUGCUUUUCCGGAGCGGUCACAUAAUCAACCCGAAAGAAGAAAUAAAUACUAUUCAUUUUUUCCCCAAUUUUAUCGAUCUUUAAAAACUGGACACUUAAAGCUGCGCAAACCAUGCAGGAUGAUUUACUGAUGGACAAAAGCAAAACCCAGCCCCAGUCUCAGCAGCAGCAGCAGCAGCGGCAGCAGCAGCAGCAGCAGCAGCAACAGCUCCAGCCCGAGCCCGGCGCAGCUGAAGCCCCGUCCACGCCCCUCUCCUCAGAGACCCCCAAGCCCGAAGACAGUAGCGCAGUGCCGGCCCUCAGCCCCGCCUCGGCUCCGCCAGCCCCCAACGGCCCGGACAAGAUGCAGAUGGAGUCGCCGCUCCUGCCGGGCUUGAGUUUCCAUCAGCCCCCUCAGCAGCCGCCGCCGCCGCCGCAGGAGCCCGCGGCGCCCGGAGCGUCGCUGUCGCCGUCCUUCGGCAGCACCUGGUCCACGGGCACUACAAACGCGGUGGAGGACAGCUUCUUCCAGGGGAUCACCCCAGUCAACGGGACCAUGCUCUUCCAAAACUUCCCGCACCACGUCAACCCAGUCUUCGGAGGCACCUUCUCGCCGCAGAUCGGCCUGGCGCAGACCCAGCACCAUCAGCAGCCUCCGCCGCCCGCGCCGCAGCCGCCGCAGCCCGCGCAGCCCCCGCAGGCGCAGCCCUCGCAGCAACGCCGCUCGCCCGCCAGCCCCAGCCAGGCGCCCUAUGCGCAGAGGAGCGCCGCUGCCUACGGCCACCAGCCCAUCAUGACCAGCAAGCCGUCCUCAUCCUCGGCGGUCGCGGCUGCUGCGGCCGCGGCCGCUGCCUCUUCGGCCUCGUCCAGCUGGAACACGCACCAGAGCGUGAACGCCGCCUGGAGUGCUCCGUCCAACCCGUGGGGUGGCCUGCAGGCGGGCCGAGACCCUCGCCGCGCGGUCGGCGUGGGCGUGGGUGUAGGUGUCGGGGUACCCUCCCCGCUUAACCCCAUCUCGCCGCUCAAAAAGCCUUUCUCCAGCAAUGUGAUCGCUCCACCCAAGUUCCCUCGUGCAGCUCCGCUCACCUCCAAGUCCUGGAUGGAGGAUAACGCUUUCCGGACCGAUAAUGGUAACAAUCUGUUGCCUUUUCAGGACCGGAGUAGGCCCUAUGACACUUUUAACUUGCACUCCUUGGAGAACUCCUUAAUGGAUAUGAUAAGGACUGACCAUGAGCCUCUGAAAGGUAAACACUACCCUCCCAGUGGCCCACCAAUGAGUUUCGCUGAUAUAAUGUGGAGGAAUCAUUUUGCAGGACGCAUGGGAAUAAAUUUCCACCAUCCAGGAACAGAUAACAUUAUGGCACUUAACACCAGGAGCUAUGGGCGGAGACGAGGUCGGUCUUCUCUCUUUCCCUUUGAAGACGCCUUCUUGGAUGACAGCCAUGGUGAUCAGGCCUUAUCAUCUGGCUUAAGUUCUCCUACUCGAUGUCAAAAUGGGGAACGAGUGGAACGCUACUCUAGAAAGGUGUUUGUUGGAGGCCUUCCUCCUGACAUCGAUGAAGAUGAGAUCACUGCCAGCUUUCGCAGGUUUGGACCCCUUGUGGUGGACUGGCCUCAUAAAGCCGAGAGCAAGUCAUACUUCCCUCCUAAAGGCUAUGCUUUCCUGCUGUUCCAGGAGGAGAGCUCAGUGCAAGCUCUGAUAGAUGCCUGCCUAGAAGAGGAUGGGAAACUGUACCUGUGUGUGUCCAGCCCAACCAUCAAGGAUAAACCGGUGCAAAUCCGACCGUGGAACCUAAGUGACAGUGACUUUGUAAUGGAUGGCUCUCAGCCUUUGGACCCCAGAAAAACUAUCUUUGUUGGGGGAGUUCCACGACCCCUUCGAGCUGUUGAACUGGCAAUGAUAAUGGACCGUUUGUACGGUGGUGUUUGCUAUGCUGGCAUUGACACAGACCCAGAGCUGAAGUACCCGAAAGGUGCUGGGCGUGUUGCGUUCUCCAAUCAGCAGAGCUACAUUGCAGCCAUCAGUGCACGCUUUGUGCAACUUCAACACAACGACAUUGACAAACGGGUGGAAGUGAAGCCGUACGUGCUGGAUGAUCAGAUGUGUGACGAGUGUCAGGGCACACGCUGCGGGGGAAAGUUUGCCCCAUUCUUCUGUGCCAACGUCACCUGUCUGCAGUACUACUGUGAAUACUGCUGGGCCAGCAUCCACUCCCGAGCCGGCCGUGAGUUCCACAAACCGCUGGUGAAGGAGGGAGGCGACCGCCCCCGGCACGUCCCGUUCCGCUGGAGCUGAGCCCCAGGCCGCCACAGCUACAAGUACUGGAGUAGAUCACAAGGAGGAAGAGAGGGCACUGCCUCAGGGCUCACGGUGUUCUGGAAAUCUGUGCAUUCGUUCUCGAUUUUUAAAGAAGAAAUGGGUCUUUUUAUUAUUAUUAUUAUUAUCAUUUACAGUCAUAUUACUGAACUCAGCGUCCAGUAUAAUGCAGAAUCGCAGAGUGUGUAUUGGUACCCAUUUGCACCUUUGACUCACACCUUGUCUGCUUGGUACCUUGAUUUCUUACACCUGAUCUGUCUGUCACCUCCACAGUUCCGUAGACUGCCAUUCUCAUCCGCAGCCGUCAGGUUGACGUCUGUGACUCUGUGUUUGAUGUUGUGUUGUCGUUGCUCUGAUCGGUCUUGACUGGAGCACGCUUAUUUUCAGAGACUUAGAGUCACCCCUAGGACAAGACUUACCAAAGGCCACACAUGUACGUAGAGGCCGAUGUAGCAAACACUUUACAAUCAGCACUCAAUGGGGUCACGUAGAGUAAGGGUAGCCCUUAAUGAAAAUAAGCCUGUAGUUGCUCUGUACUUUGACGUGUAUGGAUACCUCACAGGCUGGGCCUUUCAUUUUCCUUCAUGUUUGAUUUUUGUUUUGCUGAGGAUUUGGGUUAGAUCUUUUAGUGUUAUGUAAAUUUAUGCUGCAAUAGCUUUUGCUGCUAUUAAAAUGGUAUUGUUGAUACCAUAAUACUCUAUUCAGGAUAAGGUAUCAAUUAAAAACAAAAACAAGAACCCAACAACACACUUUUGUGGUUUAGGGAUAGAGCCAGCUGCCGGAGGGAGAUCAUAUGAGACCAGAGAGAGCCAUCAGAGGCCGCCGUUCCUGACUGCAUGUUUACUUAAUGCGGUUGCUGCAUGCAAUAAAUUUUAUAUCCAAUGUCUAGUAUAAAACCUUCCCACAGUGCACAAAUUAAGAAUCUAUAUAAGCUAUAAAAUACUCAUUUUUUAAAAAGAAUUUCUUUUUCAUUCAAAGACUUGGUAAUCUGUGGGAAGAAGGCAUGCCUCAGUGGGUGGACUGCCCGUGGACAGCGAGAGCCUGUAGCAGGACGACCAUUAUUACAACCAAUAGACAACCUAGUGUAGGAUGCUCUUCCAGCAACCCUGUGGGGGGUGGGGUGGGGGAAGAUGAAGUACUGCGGUGCUCUGUUACAUAUUGUGCAAUUUAUUUUAUAUAGUAAAGUGAUUAUGUCUAACUGUGAUCAAACGUAACUGUUUGAAGCCUCUGUGUCAGCCGUGAAUGAGCCUGACCAUUCACAACUGGUGUAUUAACACACGAGCUCUGAGUUAGGACCUCUCCUGGUGCUCGCACCACUUCACCCAGCUUCAGACCUUGUCCAGACAGCCAAAGAGCUCAUCUUAGCUUACAAACACUAAGAACACACACAGUGUCUAGAAUAAGUCGGCAGACUGACACGGAGGCACAUAGCUAAGGAGGCCACGUAAGGGUGAUGCUAAAGAAAUGUCUGCACCAAGCGAGCCGGCCUGGGCAGAGGGGCCUUCUGUGAGACAGUCACUGCUUAGUUCCCUGGAUGCAUCCUGUGUAGCUUGACUAGAGUGAAGCCCUGCUCGUGCUAGCGCGGACCUUUUAGUGUUCACUCCUGGGCUGCAGAGAGUAACGGAGACAUGUGGUGAUUGCAAGACUCUGUAACGCUUGCUUUUAAACCCUUCUUCCUUUGUUUUGCAUUCUGGGGACAAUCUGACUGGAUGUGGCACUGCAGAGUAGACAGAAGUCAAUGUGUCUUUUGUGCUGUGAUGUCCUUGUUCUGUCUUGAAGUUAGUGUUGUGUGGUUUUGUUAUAGUUUGUUCUUUCUUUCUCUUUUUCUCUCCAGUGUUUAAUUGUGAAUACUGGCUCUCCAGCUACAGUUUGUUUUCAAAAAAAAAAAAAAAUGGAGAAACAAAAUAGUUUUUUACUGAAUUAAAAGAUGCCUAUUAGACCCCUCCCCGUUUCGGGUUUCCCCUGGGCCCUUUGGUAACACUGCUUUCCUGCAGCCCGGAUGUGCUUUGCUUUGCUUUGGUUCCCUUUUCUAUGUUUGUGUUUUACUUUGUUUUCAUCUGUAUGGGAAAUUUUGUUACGCACUACUACUUUUUAUAUUCUAGAACGUUUUCAAAAGUUGGCUGAUGAUUUUCGCUUGUUUGUUUCUAAGGAAAAAGGCAUGCUUUCUGACUGACAUGAUCUUUUGCAAUACCUCAAUUUUGAAAUAUAGGAAAGAAAAUGAUAUUUUCUAAGUAAGUUUAUUCAGAAAAUAUAUAUUAAUUUAAUUCUGCAAGAAAAUGAUUUAACAGAUGGGUAACUUUAUUUUUUUCAUGCUUAUUUGUGUUUUUUGAAAAUGAAGAAGUUAGAGCUUUAUAACUAGAAUAUUAAAGAUCAUAUCUAACCUACAGAAAUCUACCUAAUUAUGUGAAACAUGCAGAUGUUUGGAAGAAGCACCCCUCUUUCAUGUACUAAAAUAACCCUGAGCUCGAGAGGAGCCAGAAGACUGCGCAGCGUAAGCUAACGCAGCGCGAAGGCCACAGUGUCGCAGAGACCAGGUUGUCAGAGAGACUCCACUUGGUGCUGAGGGCUGUGGCUUAGGAAACUGCUUUCCCUUAAUUUGUAUAUUUAUAAUCAAGUGUUGAUCGUGUGACUGGCCAGGACUGUGAAAGAGCUCUUCUGUUUGUAUUUUUUUAAAGAGAACUUUUUUAGUUUAUUAAAUUAUAACAUGUUCCCUUUUGUUUUGUAAAUAAAUGUGCCCCCCCCCCAGUUCUUAAUGUUAUAUUAAAAGAGAGGGUCCUUCAAAAAAAUUAUUUUUAAAAAAAAAAACACAGAGGUGUUCUGCCCUGCAACUUGACUGGGAAGCCCCUGGGUAACACAGGUCCUGCUGUGGCCUUUCCUUGAUGGGACACUUGAACUAGUGGAUUUUUUGAAGGCUGUAACUAACCUCGACUCUUUGUUGUUAUGUGCAAUACUGUUUGUACUGUUUGUAUAAAAAAUAGAAAAAAAAAAGACAAGAAAAAAGGCCUAAACCUUUAUUGCAGACUUAUUUUCAUUGCAGACUUUAGACAUUGUGACUCACAGAACUCAUUUUCUACUGUCAGAUAUGUACCUUUUCCUCAUGCUGGUAUUUUUUCAAUAGUAACGUAGCCUUUGUACUGAGACAAAUUUUCAUUGUUAUUUUUAGAAAGAUUUUUUGCUAAGAAAAAAAAUUAAACAUAUUUACAUAUUUUUCAUUUUAUUUCGUAUUUUCUUUAAGGAGUGCUUUCUCAAUCAUUACUAGAGUUGUUUCUGGGAGGGACUUUCAUAUCUGGUCAACGUCAUAAUAUUAUUUUGUAUUUUUACUUGGAAUAAAUUAAUUUUAUGAUGCUAAUUCUUUAAAGGUUUAUUUUUUUCAUUUCAGUUAUUUUUGAAGCUAAAAACCUUUGUAAUAUUGUUACUAAAGUGUCUAGUUUUUUGAAAUGCAAAGCUUUAUGUAUUAACUUGCCGAUGUGGUUUACAAUAUGACAAGGGUGGAAACGGUUGGUUCUGUAACGUGACUGGGACUGUAACGGACAAUUGGAUAAUAAAACGACAGAAUGAGCAGAACGUG